CUCCAGUUAUUGGAGUGGUCCCCCCACCGAGUCCGACCAAAUAAGACUUAAAGUUUAUUUUAAUCGCCUUAGUCUGGUAUUACUAUUGAAAGUUGCGUGAUUCAAAGUUGUAAGUCAAUUGACGAAAAUCAGCUCAAGAUCUGUAAUGGCAAGUACCGAGGAAGCAAAUGUUAUGGCGAAGAAUAUCUUCGAAAAGGUGGUAGUUGAUAAAAAACAAGAUGAUAUACAGAAAAUUGUGGAAACUGUGGUACAAACAUGGGAGUUGGUGAACAAAGAUCCUCUUAAACAUGGCAAGGUUUUUUACAGAAGACUUUUCACUACCCAUCCAGAGGUCAUAAGUUUGUUUUCAUUUUCCUCUGAAGUAAGAAGCCAGAUGGACGAUAGCUCAGGGUUAAAAAAUCAAGCUUAUUUACUUAUGUCAAUGAUUGACUAUGCUGUUAGUGAGCUGGGUAAUCUUCAAGAACUCACUCCAAAAUUGAAAGUUCUUGGUGCAAGACAUUUCCUUGAUUACGAAGUUAAACCCGAGCACUUCAAGCCUGUUGGCGAGUGCUUACUUUGGACAUUAAAAGUUGGUUUGGGAGAAUUAUUUACAACGGAAGUUGAGAGAGCGUGGACUGUUAUAUACACAAUGCUUGCUGACGUCAUGAUUGAAGGAGGAAAGACUGUGAUGGACGGUGGAUCGAUUAGUGUAAACUGAUCAUAUUACUGUAUCAAACUACUUAUAUCACAUCCUUUCAUCUAAUCAAGCGAUUAUUCACAUGCCCGGUUACUCUGUUUGGUAAUAUUAAACGAGUAUUGCAAAAAUUCCAAAUAUUAAUCACAAUUAUCAUGCAUAUGUGAAUUUUUUAUCGUAUUCAAAUUGUACAGUAUAUACCAUGCAGCAAAGCAAAGUUCGAUGCAUCACAGUCCUGUCAGUCCACACGUAUAGACCACACGUAUAUCAGUUAUUUUUAUGUGAUAAAUCAUAAUUCUGAUGAUAGUAAUGAGAGGGUUGUGAACUGAAACAUCUGCAAUGCAGAACUGAUUCAUAUAAAAAUAUUUUGUUUUUAAAGCGUUUUAUCAACUCGCUGGGUAAUAGCUACUAUCUAUACUCUAUAAUAUGUAGUAUAUAGAUAAGACGCAGGAACACUUGGUUAAAAAUGAUCAAACUUGGUGCAUUUGCAGCAUUUUUGCAUCAUCUGCUUAAAAAAUCACCCCGUGUUGUUUUGUUAUUCCGCGGCAUUCUUUCAAGAAUUAUAAUUUCAUUUUCCUGUCCUAAUUUAAUUUUCACCAAAUUCAGUUUACAAUAUCAAGCAAUUUAUACAAUAAUGAAAUUACGUUUUUCUCAAAUUUGACAACUGAACAAAAUGCCGAAGAGAAAUUGUUUUAACAUAUGCAUGAUUACAAUAUAUAGACUACAGUUGUAUUAGUAUGAAUUGCGAUCAUUGCGGUAUGAACGUUCUUAUACAUGCAUGUUCAGUUACAAUGAAAUUAAUAGGAUUAUCGCGCCAAUGCCAAUGGCAAUGUUGAUAUUAUGCAGACGUAAAAAAGAGGGCAGGCGUUAAAUAAAGUUUUGUAAAUUGAAGUGUUGAAAAUCCAGAGAAUUCAGCGACAGAAAUGAAAGUUUAGUUUCGGAUUUUCAGAGACGAGCGUGUAAGUGUUCAUCUAAUUUACUUUUUUGAAAAUAUUAAAAAAAAACAAAUUAAACAUGCAUUGGAAUGACGCAAUUUUGACAGAAAAAUGUGUAGGUAACUUAUCUCGAAUUGUGAACAUGUCGUUCAUGCAGUUGUUGAGUUUUUAGUUCCAGUUUCUCGACCGACGUGUUGUCAGUUUUACUGUUGUUUGAAAUUGUGAAGUACGGCUUCAGAUUCUAUAUCAAAUUGGUUUUGCAGCGUUCUUAUAUCUUAGAAGUGUUAUAGCUAUACAUGCAUGCAUCAUUAUAUUUAUAUGACAAUUAAUAGACAAAACGAACUUUCUAAAAAACAUAAAUUAGAUUUUGCAGUUUAUAUCCUUAAAGUUACAGAUACAAAAGUAAACACAACAUUUGAGGUUUGAUGUUGUAAUGGAUAGUACUGAACGAGUACUAAACAGUCGAAGCGAAUGGUAUAAUACACCUCGUUUGGAAGUUUUGUUGGAAUUGUAAUUAAAUAGCCCAUACAUGCAGCUAGGGACGAACAAAAAAGUGGGAGAUAAAGGUAUAUGUUCAGAAUAAAAUGAGAGGUAUACUCCCUCUUUUUGAGACACGCUACAUGCUUGGUGAUAAUUGUUUGGUAUAAUUAAUCUUGGCUCUCAGAACAUUCUGGCACAGUAUCUUGUAUAGCUUUAACACAAUCUCACAUUCCACAAAUAUAUAUACGAAUUAAAACUGAACCGCGGGGUAUGAUUGUCUUGUUUUAAACUUGUCUUACUUUAUUUGGAGCAGAGACUCUUCGAUAUAAUUUCGUUAUGGUAUAAUGAAAAACAUGCAGGUUAUACUUGGAAGUAUAUAUUUUAGAUUUAUAAGGUACCUCCCCUGAUCGAUAGCAAGCGCCUAUAUCCGACACAUCUUUCAUGUUAUGAACAAUCGGUUCCUUUUGCGCGAAAUUGUUUGAAGAAUUGUUUCACUCGUACAAUAAAUAAGAACUGCAUGACUUGACCAUGCAUCCCAACAGACGCGCGCGGUGGUUAGUUAAGUAUAUAUAAAUUAUAAAUGGUUUCUAUGGUUUUCUGUCGACACCUUUAAUGAAUUUAUUUCUAAAAUUCUCAGUCAUAACAAUGUCAAUGCUGCAUACAUGCGAAGAAAAUUUUAUCUUAAUACAAAGUGGAUUGUGUAUUGAUAUUAUAAGGGCAUUACUCGUAUUAGGCGGGCAACUACAGGACGUUACUUCAUCAUCUCAAUGGCGUGUAAACAGCAAUCUAGUGUCCCCAGACUAGACGGCUUACCAACUGAAAUAUCUGAGGAAAAAGCAGACGAGAACUCGUUGUCACAACAGGUUGAAAAAGUUGUUAGAACGUGGGCCUUGGUGAAGAAGGAUAUGGUUGGUAAUGGAAUUGUCUUCUAUGAGAGAUUGUUUAGUGAAAAUCCAGAGUUGAAAAGUUUGUUUUCAUUUACAUCAAACAAGAACAACACUGAGAUGACAUGCGAUGAUCCAGGUUUGAAACGUCAAGCGAAAAUGCUCAUGUCAAUGAUUGAUUUCGCCAUUCGUCGACUUGGAAAUCUGCCAGAACUCAUUCCAAAACUGAAAAAUUUGGGCAAGAGACAUUUUAUUAAAUAUAAUGUGAAACCAGAACACUUUCAGGCUGUUGGCUCCGCCUUACUCUGGACACUGAAAAAAGAAAUUGGUGGUGAAAUAUUCACAUCCGACGUUGAAGCUGCUUGGUUUGCUAUUUAUAGCAUACUUGCUGACGUCAUGAUUGAGGGUGGCAAAGAAGGUCUUGCGGAAAACAAGUGACGAGCUAUAAAACACGUUGCCAUGGUUCAGUACUUUAUUAAAUAAACUCCAUAAGAAUCUGUUAUAAUAACGUCCGCUGAAUGCUAUAUUGUGCCAGGAAUAAUGGAAACGAGGCUAGUGAAUCCCAGAAUGCAGCAAUGGAGGUGGAAAAAGAAGAAAUUUCACUGACUGCAAAGCGGAAUUAGGAUUGCCACCAGAUGUUUGACUCCCAUAUGAGUUGUCAAUCUAAAUGUAUAUUUGUAUAGAGCACUCUUCUGGUUUCAAACAGAUAUCAGCUCAUAUUCAGCAGCAACAGGGUGUAGCAUGCAUAUUUUAUAGCAGAAACGUAACAAUUGUAAAUAGUUUUGAAAAAGUAAAUAACAAAAUUAUCUGCAGUGAUAAAUUAUCUCUGUAACAAAGUAUACUAAUCACGCUGAUGGAUCUUGCUGUGUGAACACCUGAAUUGAAUAAAUUCAAACACAGUCCCAAAUUCGUCAAAAAAAUUGCCGACUCUGGUACAACAGACUGAUUUUUAACCAAUUCUUCCUAAUCUAGGGGACGUAGUUUUCCAUAAAACCUAUGGACACUGGACACACCUAAUUAACCUAGUUAUCCUCCAUUAUUGCGAGCAAUUUUCCCAGGGGGGGGGAAGUUUCUUUCCGGUCAAAUAUUGAUAUGCAAAUUUUAAAGAAAUCAUUGAAUACGAAAUGUGAAAUAUUUUAUAAUUUAUCAUUAAAGAAUAGUCGAAAGUUACUGUAAAAUUUGUACUUCCAAUAUGUCAGAUCUUGAUACCCUUAUGGAAAUGGGAUUUCCCAAGAACAGAGCUGAGAAAGCUUUGGCUGUUACAAGGCAUCAGGGUGUGCAAUCUGCUAUGGACUGGUUAUUUGCACAUGCUGAUGAUCCAGAUAUUGAUGAACCACUGAAACCUGACCAAGGACAUACACUUGGAGCCGAAACUAAAACUUCUGAUGAAAAUCAUGAACAAGAAACAAAUGGUGGUGCAGUGGAACUAACUAAUGAACAAUCUGCUUCAGCUCAAGCCCAGUCCUUAAAAUGUGAAGAGUGUGGAAAGUUGUUAAAAACUGAAGCCCAAGUGCAGAUGCAUGCUGCUCGAACUGGUCAUCAGAAUUUUGCUGAAUCAACAGAAGAAAUAAGACCAUUGACUGAGGAAGAGAAAAAGGCCCAGUUAGUAAAGUUACAGGAAAAGAUUGUUGAAAAACGUCAAGAACGACAAGAGAAAGAGAAACAGGAGAAUGUUGAACGCGAGAAAAUCAGGCGAAAAACUGGCAAAGAAAUGACAAACUUCAAGCAAAAAUUUGAGAUGCAAGAAGCUCAAAAGAUUGCAGAACAGAGAAGACGUGAAAAGUUGGAGGAGAAGAAACUGAGACAAAAACUGAAACAACAGAUUGCUCAGGAUCGUGCUGAGAAAGCUUCACAGUCUCCUUCAACUGGUAAACCCACAAGUCAUGUAACUACAUCAUCAGCACAGCCAGGGGAUCAACAAUCUGCCACCAAAGAAUACACUACAUGCAGGCUGCAGUUCCGCCUAACAAAUGGUACAGCAAUCACAGGGACAUUCAAGCCAACAGAUCUGCUAUCAAGUAUUGUGUCUUUCGUCGAGUCUAACAGAACAGAUGGUUCUCUGCCAUUUACUUUAUCAACUAUGUUUCCAAAGAAGACUUUUAAUGAACUAGAUAUGAACAAGUCUUUAAAGGAAUGCAACUUAGUUCCAUCAGCGGUGUUAAUUUUACAAAGACAAUGAGCAAGAAGUACUUUACUUUGUGUUAAGUGAAAUUAUUGUGAUAAUAUGUCAAGGCUCCUUAGUGUGUAGUUCUGUAUAACACUACUUAAGACUUCUACUUCAGAAGUUUUCUUAUCAUAUCUUAUUUCCCUUGCAAGUCGCAAGUCAUAUUUCAUGUUUGAGAAAGCCACCAUAUUGAGCACCCUAAUCCAAAAAUGGACUUUUUUCCAGAUGGAAAAAAUUGCAUUUUUGGCCAUGAUGAGGCUAAAGCUAGUGUAAAGUCUGUAAGUAGUGAACAAACGUGAAUCAGUUCACUAUGCUUCUAAAUAAAUAACUAGAGAGAACAGACUUUACCUCACCUCUGAAUCUAACCAUCUUAGUACAGUAUGUACAAGAGGGGAAGAUGAUUUUUUAAAUAUGAGUAAAGGUACAUAGUGAAUGUCAUACCGGUUUCACAUUCCAGCUGGAAGGGUUUUUGAAGAGAUUCAGUAGCCAUAUUUCUCAUUCAAUUUCGUCUUACCAUCAC